UUGGUGGAGCUCCAGCUGAGGUGCCUAGUGAUUGGUUCCCGUGGAUAACGGUCACCGGCGAGGUCCCGCCCCCCGCUGGCGCCGGGGUCUGGGGGCGCUGCUCCGCGGCGCUGGGGCUGGCGGGGCUGGAGCCGCGCCGCACUGACGGCUCGGUCUGCGGACCAUGGAGCCCGGCGCCGGCCCGCAUCCGCUGCGCCAGUUCAUUUGCCUGGUGCCACUCUCUCUCGCGUUGCUUUUGGGACCCGGGAGGCCCGGGACCGCCGAGGAAGUCGUCCUUCUGGAUUCUAAAGCCUCCCAGGUGGAACUGGGCUGGACUGCACUGCCGAGCAAUGGGUGGGAGGAGAUCAGCGGCGUGGACGAGCAUGACCGUCCCAUCCGCACGUACCAGGUGUGCAACGUGCUGGAGCCCAACCAGGACAACUGGCUGCAGACGGGCUGGAUCAGCCGCGGCCGCGGGCAGCGCAUCUUCGUGGAGCUGCAGUUCACCCUGCGCGACUGCAGCAGCAUCCCCGGCGCCGCGGGCACCUGCAAGGAGACCUUCAACGUCUACUACCUGGAGACCGAGGCUGACCCGGGCCGGGGGCGCCCCCGGCCGGGCAGCGGCCGGCCCCGCAAGAUCGACACCAUCGCCGCCGACGAGAGCUUCACCCAGGGCGACCUGGGCGAGCGCAAGAUGAAGCUGAACACGGAGGUGCGCGAGCUGGGGCCGCUCAGCCGGCGGGGCUUCCACCUGGCCUUCCAGGACGUGGGCGCCUGCGUGGCGCUGGUGUCCGUGCGCGUCUACUACAAGCAGUGCCGCGCCACGGUGCGGGGCCUGGCGGCCUUCCCGGCCACCGCGGCCGAGAGCGCCUUCUCCACGCUGGUGGAGGUCCCCGGCACGUGCGUGGCGCACUCGGAGGGGGAGCCCGGCAGCCCCCCGCGCAUGCACUGCGGGGCCGACGGCGAGUGGCUGGUGCCGGUGGGCCGCUGCAGCUGCAGCGCAGGAUUCCAGGAGCGCGGGGACGUCUGCGAAGCCUGUCCCCCAGGGUUUUACAAGAUAUCCCCUCGGCGGCCCCUGUGCUCCCCAUGCCCAGAGCACAGCCGGGCCCUGGAGACGGCCUCCACGGUCUGCGUGUGCCAGGACAGCUACGCGCGCUCGCCCACCGACCCGCCCUGGGCCUCCUGCACCCGGCCGCCGUCGGCGCCGCGGGACCUGCAGUACAGCCUGAGCCGCUCGCCGCUGGCGCUGAGGCUGCGCUGGCUGCCGCCGGCCGACUCGGGCGGCCGCUCGGACGUCACGUACUCGCUGCUGUGCCUGCGCUGCGGCCGCGGGGACCCGGGCGCCUGCGAGCCGUGCGGGCCGCGCGUGGCCUUCGUGCCGCGCCGGGCCGGCCUCCGCGAGCGCGCCGCCACGCUGCUGCACCUGCGGCCCGGCGCGCGCUACACCGUGCGCGUGGCGGCGCUCAACGGCGUGUCCGGCCCCGCGGCCGCCGCGGGAGCCACCUACGCGCAGGUCACCGUCUCCACCGGGCCCGGCGGGCCCUGGGAGGAGGAUGAGAUUCGAAGGGACCGAGUGGAGCCCCAGAGCGUGUCCCUGUCCUGGCGGGAGCCCAUCCCUGCUGGAGCCGCUGGGGCCAAUGGCACCGAGUACGAGAUCCGCUACUACGAGAAGGGUCAGAACGAGCAGACCUACUCCACAGUGAAGACAGGGGCGCCUGCGGUCACCGUUACCAACCUGAAGCCAGCUACCCGCUACAUCUUUCAGAUCCGGGCGGCCUCCCCGGGGCCCUCUUGGGAGACCCAGAGUUUCAACCCCAGCAUUGAAGUACAGACCCCCGGGGAGGCUGCCUCCAGCACCAGGGACCAGAGCCCCGCAGUUGUUGUCACCGUGGUGACCAUCUCAGCCCUCCUUGUUCUGGGCUCUGUGAUGAGCGUGCUGGCCAUUUGGCGGAGGCCCUGCAGCUAUGGCAAAGGAGGUCAGGACGCCCACGACGAGGAGGAGCUGUAUUUCCACUUCAAAGUGCCGACUCGCCGCACGUUCAUGGACCCGCAGAGCUGUGGGGACCCCCUGCAGGCCCUUCACCUGUUUGCCAAGGAGCUGGAUGCGAAAAGUGUCAUCGUGGAGAGGAGCCUUGGAGCAGGGCGGUUUGGGGAGCUGUGCUGCGGCUGCCUGCAGCUCCCUGGCCGCCAGGGUCUCCCCGUGGCCGUGCACACGCUGCGGGAAGGCUGCUCCGACUCCCAGAGGCUCAGCUUCCUGGCCGAGGCCCUCACCCUGGGCCAGUUUGACCACAGCCACGUUGUGCGGCUGGAGGGCGUCGUCACCCGAGGGAGCACCCUGAUGAUCGUCACCGAGUACAUGAGCCACGGGGCCCUGGACAGCUUCCUCAGGCGGCACGAGGGCCAGAUGGUGGCCGGGCAGCUGCUGUUGCUGCUGCCCGGGCUGGCGUCGGCCAUGAAGUACCUGUCGGAGAUGGGUUACGUUCACCGGGGCCUGGCCGCCCGCCGCGUGCUGGUCAGCAGUGGCCUCGUCUGCAAGGUUUCCGGCUUCGGGCGGGGGCCUCGGGACCGAGCGGAGGCCGUCUACACCACCAUGAGUGGCCGGAGCCCGGCGCUGUGGGCCGCCCCCGAGACGCUGCAGUUCGGCCACUUCAGCUCUGCCAGCGACGUGUGGAGCUUCGGCGUGGUCAUGUGGGAGGUGAUGGCGUUUGGGGAGCGGCCCUACUGGGACAUGUCCAGCCAGGACGUAAUCAAGGCCGUGGAGGAUGGCUUCCGGCUGCCGCCCCCCAGGAACUGCCCUUCCCCCCUGCACCGGCUGAUGCUGGACUGCUGGCAGAAGGACCCGGGUGAGCGGCCCAGGUUCUCCCAGAUCCACAGCAUCCUGAGCAAGAUGGUGCAGGACCCAGAGCCCCCGAAGUGUGCUCCGGCCCCCUGUCCCAGGCCACCCACUCCCCUGGCGGACCGUGCCUUCUCCACCUUCCCCUCCUUUGGCUCCGUGGGCGCCUGGCUGGAGGCCCUGGACCUGGGCCGCUACAAGGACAGCUUCACGGCAGCUGGCUACGGGAGCCUGGAGGCCGUGGCCACCAUGACUGCGCAGGACCUGGUGAGCUUGGGCAUCUCGUCGGUGGAACACCGGGAGGCCCUCCUCAGCGGGGUCAGCGCCCUGCGGGCACGAGUGCUCCAGCUGCAGGGCCGGGGGGUGCAGGUGUGAGCAGCCCCCGCCCUUCCAGGCCGGGACCGCGGUGGGCUGCGAACCCCCACCUGGACAGCACCCUGGCAAGCUGCGCUCCACCGCGCAGAAGUGAGCCCUCGCCCCAUCUUCCUCAGUCUGAGCGCCUUGGCUGACUCGGUCUCCCUGGGGAAAGGGUCACAUCCGUGGAGAAGACCCUGGAGAGAAGAGGGAGGAAGCGCAGGGUUCCAGAUGCUGAGGUGGGGCUGGGCAGGGAGGGAGGACAGAGUUUGAAAUCACCGGGCUCAUGCCUUCCUGUCUCCCACAUCCGUGGGAGGCUGGGACCCCCCCGUAUCCCACAGGCCCAUGGCCAGCAGGCAGCCUGGGUCCCUGCUGGGCUCUCCUGAGGCCUGAGUGACCAAGCUGCCCGGAAGCCCGUCCUCAUGGGCCCUGGAGGGCAGGGUCCUCAGCUCCUUGUGCCCUGGCUCUGCCCUGGCUGGACGUUGGUUCUUGAGGCGCAGGCCGCGGAGGAGGUGCUGAGCUCAGGGCUGGACCCCGAGGCCCUGGGCUUUGAGCUGGUUUCUGCUUCCCUUGCUUUGGGGCUGGGACAGUUCAGGGGGAGGGGAAGGGUCCUGGGUGGGCCCCUCGAGGUCCUGGUGCUCCCCGAGGCCCCGUGAGCCUCUCUUUGAGCUUUGCAUUCCUUUUAUAACCUCAGUGGCCGGGACCCCUGGGAUGAGCAGGAGCGGAGGUGUGUUCUCUCCAGGGGGACCCCGGGCUUUGUGUCCAGCCGUGGGGGUGGUGAAGAAGAGACUCUCAGAGAUGGACCUUUCUCUCUGACAGGCUGGGCCACCCCUCACUGUUCAGAUGGGGAAACUGAGGCCCAGGGAGGAGUCAGGGCCGGGCCUGGGUUACAACGAGGUGGCACAGGGCCCUGUGCAGGGGUGAGGCUGGCUCUGGAGAGAGACCUUGGUCCUGCCCUGUGGCAGCCAGGGGUACUCUGCGGUGAGCCCCUAUGGGGAGCUCCAUCCCCUGGCCACCACCCAGCCCCCCACAGAGCAAGGCGCCUCCUCCCUGGGGGUCUGCAGGCCUCUGACCAAAGCGGGUGCCCUAGGCUGGCUCCAGGUUCCUUGUCCAGAGGGGCUCCCUAAGUGGUGGUGACCACGAGGCCAGGCUGUCGUCCGUCAGGAAGGCGGCUGGGGCUGGAUAGGCCACGGGCUGUCUUUCAGGUUACUCCUGUUGGGCAUCUCUGAGUUUGGCUGUGUGUGGGGUGGGUGGGAUGGGGUGGGAUGGGAAGGAGCAGAGAGAAUGAGACACAGAGCCGGCCCUUGGAGGGCUUAGGCCAGGUGGGGAGAUGAGCUCAGGCACCAAGAAGCACCCCAAGGGUGCCUUCCUACAGUGCCCCGGAGCCCCGGGGGAGACCUUUGGGCUGGCCAGGGGGCUGGAGGGGCAGCUGGACGCUCUUGAUUGUGUGUGUGGUGGGAUGUCUGGAGGGGUUCGUGGCUGAGAGGCUGACUUGGAGGUUGGGGGAGGGCCAUUCCUUAGUGGGUGAAGAUGGAGGCCCUAGGAAAGGAGGAGCCCAGGCAGAAGGGGAGCUGAGAAGGAGCCUGGGGGCUGGGAGACGCUGUGCACUUUGGGGGAGCACCCGUGGUGGGGAUGGUGCCUCACAGCAGUGCCUUUGGCCUGGCCCUGCCAGCUCUUUUCUCCUUAGGUCCCCACCCCACCCCCUCAACCUGCUUUCUGUUUACUGGGCGCCUGCCCCAGCUCGGAGACUCGGGGGUACUAGGGGAGACCAAGACAUUGCUUCCAUCUUGGACAGGGCUGGAGGGUCUCGUGCCAGGUGCCCUUCAGGCUCGGCACCCCCAGCCCCUGCCCCCAGGAAGCUUGGAGAAGACAUGGUGUGGGAACCGGCGUCCAGUCUUGUGUGGAGGGAGCGUCAUCUCCAGCUCCAGCUCCCUCCUUCGAGGUCUAAAGGCCACCCCCCACCCCCCAGCAGCUGUUCUGCAGAGUGGCCCCUGUGGGCAGGACUUCGGUGUCCAGGGUAGAUCUCCCUCCACUGGAGUGAGGUCCCAGAAUCCUAAGGGGUCCCAGGCCUCAGCCCUGAACGGGUGCUGGUGUAAUGCAAGCUGAUGGCUCUAUAGGAACCCCCUACAGAUCUAUUUUUAUAUGGAACUCAUUCACUGGACAGAGGGAGGUGGCCUGCAACCCCCCAGUUCCCCCGUCUGAGCCCACCCAGGGAGGGAAGGGUCCGGUUGGGGAGAUGGUUUCUUUGAUUAGUGCUAGAAAAGUUUUUAUAAUUUGGGGUUCUGUAUGGAGGACAAAGUAAUAAAAACUUGUGAUAUGGUGUCUCUUUCAGUGACAGUUGUUUUGCCAUUAAGUAGUUUGAGACCCUCCUCCCUCUCCCUCGUGGGCUCUCCACAGUGUGCGUCUGAGAUCGCUCUGCAUGGAAACAAGUUAGAGGGUCCCUUUCAUGAGAGACCCCUGUCUAGUGGGGGACAUUCUUAGGAGGUGACAAGACACUGUGAUCAGGGCCCCCGGAGCUUUGCCAGCAUGAUCUUUGCAUCAGAUUCGAAGGGGUGUCUCCUUGGAGACUGUCACCUGUGGCCAUCCCAUAGGCUCUCAGCAUGUUGUGACAGAGCAUGUGCUUGUGGGCACUGCCCAUUGGCUGAUGGGAUGCUGGGCUCUUGCCGGUGUCUUGGUACCAAGGGUAUGUUAUGUCUUCCAUCAUAUUCAUCAUCUGAGGGUCAGAAAACACCAAUGGCAUGGAUGCUAAUAUCAAUUAAGGAAAGACGAUCGUGAAGUGUAGGAGGCAAGAAGGGUGGGUUACAGCUGGUGGGAGGGAGUGGGGGAGAGAAGGCUUGUUCUGCAGGCCGGGUGAGGCAGGGGGACUGGACUAGGAAAGGGGACUGGAAAAUGCCUAAACCUGUGAAGGGCAACAAGAAGGCACCUUAGCCAAAGCGAACUGCUUCCAGUUCCAGUGGGAGCUCAGUGUAUCCCCAGUUCUGAUUGACCUUUCAUUGUUUCUCCUUCCAUGUCUGAAUUGUCUAUUAUUAAAUCUUCAGCAUGUGUGUGUCACACUGAAUUUUAGGGACUGGUGUAAAAUUAGAGGAGGACAACAUUUGUCAGGGCUUGUGCACAUGUGGACAUUGAGACAAGUGUAGGACACAGCGUGAUAAGCUCUCUGUUGGCAUGCGAAGUCAUUUCUUUGGCAGAGCGGGGGAUAGUAGAUCCUUUGAGCUAAAAGCUGUCUGAUGCUGUGAAUAAACGAUGCCUGGGUGAUGUCCUAUCACACA